AUGGCGGACGAGGCGGCGCUCGCCCUUCACCCCGGCAGCUCCCCCUCGGCGGCGCCGGCCGUGAGGAAGGCCGCGUCGCCGCCCGCCGGAGAUCCGCUUCGCAAAAGACCGCGGAAAGACGGCUCCAGCUUCGGGCGGAGCCCAAACGAGCCCGGCGGGGCGGUUCCUGAGCGUGAGGUGCCGGCGGCGGUCGGGACUUGCCCAGCGGCGCCGCUGUGGCGGGAGGCGGCGGUGGCGGGCGAGGAGCGGGAGGCCCCAGCGGCGGCCGUGGCGACCGGGGAAGAAGACAAUGGGUUAGGCCUGCAGGGCCUGUCUCGGGAGCCGCCGCCGGUUGACGACUUCGACGACGACGAGGACGAAGGCGAAGAGGAGGAAGAGGCAGCGGCAGCAGCGAUUGGGUACCGAGAUAACCUUCUGUUUGGUGAUGAAGUUAUCACGAAUGGCUUUCAUUCAUGUGAAAGUGAUGAGGAUGAUAGAGCCUCACAUGCAAGCUCCAGUGACUGGACCCCAAGGCCACGGAUCGGUCCAUAUACUUUUGUUCAGCAACACCUCAUGAUUGGAACAGAUCCUCGAACAAUUCUUAAAGAUUUAUUACCAGAAACCAUUCCUUCACCCGAAUGGGAUGAUAUGACAUUGUGGCAGAUUGUCCUUAAUAUCCUUUCAGAACCACCAAAAAGGAAAAAAAGGAAAGAUAUUAAUACAAUUGAAGAUGCUGUGAAAUUACUGCAAGAGUGCAAAAAAAUAAUAGUUCUGACUGGAGCUGGGGUGUCUGUUUCCUGUGGAAUACCUGACUUCAGGUCACGAGAUGGUAUUUAUGCACGCCUUGCAGUAGACUUCCCAGACCUUCCAGACCCUCAAGCAAUGUUUGAUAUUGAAUAUUUCAGAAAGGAUCCAAGACCGUUCUUCAAGUUUGCAAAGGAAAUAUACCCGGGCCAGUUCCAGCCAUCUCUCUGUCACAGAUUUAUAGCUUUGUCAGAUAAGGAAGGAAAACUACUUCGCAACUAUACUCAGAACAUAGAUACACUGGAGCAAGUUGCAGGAAUCCAAAGGAUAAUUCAGUGUCAUGGUUCCUUUGCAACCGCGUCUUGCCUGAUUUGUAAAUACAAAGUUGACUGUGAAGCUGUACGAGGAGAUAUUUUUAAUCAGGUGGUUCCUCGAUGUCCUUGGUGCCCAGCUGAUGAACCACUUGCUAUCAUGAAACCAGAGAUUGUCUUUUUUGGUGAGAAUUUACCAGAACAGUUUCAUAGAGCCAUGAAGUAUGACAAAGAUGAAGUUGAUCUCCUCAUUGUCAUUGGGUCUUCCUUGAAAGUAAGACCAGUAGCACUAAUUCCAAGUUCCAUACCCCAUGAUGUGCCUCAGAUAUUAAUUAAUAGAGAACCUUUGCCUCAUCUGCAUUUCGAUGUAGAGCUUCUUGGAGACUGUGAUGUCAUCAUUAAUGAAUUGUGUCAUAGGCUAGGGGGUGAAUAUGCCAAACUUUGCUGCAACCCUGUAAAGCUUUCAGAAAUUACAGAGAAGCCUCCACGAACACAGACUCAUUUUUCAGACUUACCACCCACACCGCUUAAUAUUUCAGAAGACUCUAGUUCACCAGAAAGAACUUCACCACCAGAUUCUUCAGUGAAUGUCACUCUUUUAGAACAAGCAACCAAGAGUAAUAUUGAUGAUUCAGAAAUGUGUGAAUCAAAAGUGGGUGUGGAAGAAAAAUCACAGGAAGUACAAAUUUCCACUAGAAACACUGAAAGUAUUACUGAACAGUUGGAGAGUCCUGAUUUGAAGAACUUUGACUCCACUACUGGGGAGAAAAAUGAAAGAACUUCAGUUGCCGAAACAGUGAGAAAGUGCUGGCCUCUUAGACUUGCAAAGGAGCAGAUUAGUAAGCGACUUGAUGGUAAUCAGUAUCUGUUUUUACCACCAAAUCGUUACAUUUUCCAUGGUGCGGAGGUAUAUUCUGAUUCUGAAGAUGACAUCUUAUCCUCUAGUUCUUGUGGCAGUAACAGUGAUAGUGGAACGUGCCACAGUCCAAGUUUAGAAGAACCCUUGGAGGAUGAAAGUGAGAUGGAAGACUUCUAUAAUGGAUUGGAAGAGGAUGCUGAUGCUCCAGAGAGAGCUGGAGGAACUGGCUUUGGGACUGAUGGAGUUGAACAAGAAGGAGUUGAUGAAGUGUUAACUGUGAAGCAAGAAGCAGAAGAUAUAAACUAUCCAUCAAACAAAACAUAAUGUAAUAAUAAUAGUCUAGGUAUUUAGGAAUUUGUUCCACCAGCAUUUAGGAACUUGAGCAUGUCAAAAUGAAUGUUUACUUGUGAACUCAAUAGAGCAAGGAAACCAGAAAGGUAUAUUUAUGGACUGGUAAAAUUGGAUUAUUUUUAACCUCAUUGUUUCUGUACUUGUACACUUAACACUAACUUUAUUUUAAAAGGUACUAAGUAUCUUUAAUCAGCUCUUGGCCAAGACUUUUUCUUUUAAAGGGUCAUCUGUAUGAUACAUCCAUAUGUGUAUAUAAUUUU